GGUUGAGCCGGGCCGCCGGGGAGCCCACGGGACGGACAAGGGGUAAAGUGGGGGCCGCGUGCCAAACUACCGACGGUUCGGAACGCGUUGCGGGGUAUGUAUGGAUGGAGCUCGAAGUGGGGCAUCCAGAUGACGGCAUCACCAGCGCCGGGGGGUCGGUUUGCGUCGGUCUCCUUUUGAGCCAAGUUCAUCCCAUCUUCCCCCCUGACCGUGAUAUCGAAUGUCACUCUUGUCCACAUCACUUAGGCGCCCAGACUCUUCGCAACAAUGUCUUCUUCUCCACUCAAGGUCGCCGUCCUCGAUGACUACCAGGGCAUUUCCGAGCCCAAGUUCAAGGCUCUGGACUCGUCCAAGUACCAAGUCUCCUUCUUCAAGGACACUCUUCGCCCGUAUAACCACCCCGACACUACUCAAGAUGUGAAGGAUCAGCUCAUCAAGAGGUUGGAGCCAUUCGAUGUCAUCUCAACAAUGCGAGAACGCACCCCCUUCCCGCGGGAGCUCAUCUCCCGCCUCCCCAACCUCAAGCUCCUCCUCACCACCGGCAACCGCAACCUGGCCCUGGACCUGGACGCCUUCAAAGAGCGGGGCAUCCCCGUCGCCGGCGCCGUCGACAAGUCCAACCCAGGCAGCGUCGGCUCCAUCAGCACCACCGAGCACUGCGUCACCAUGAUCCUGGCCGCCGCCCGCAACAUUGCCCAGGACGACCUUGCCGUGAAGACGGGCGGGUGGCAGACCGUUCCCGCCGUCAGCCUAAAGGGCAAGACCUUGGGAACCGUUGGCCUGGGCAGACUCGGCGUGGCGGUGGCCAAGAUCAUGAGCGUCGCUUUUGGCAUGAAGGUCGUUGCCUGGAGCAGCAACCUUACGCAGGAGAAGGCCGACGAGCAGGCUAAACAGGCCGGUUUGCCGGUGGAGGAUGAGAAGACGGGUGAGAAGACGUUCAAGGUUGUGACCAAGGAGGAGCUGUUCAGCACUGCGGACGUGGUGAGCGUGCACUUGGUCUUGUCGGAUCGGUCGAGGGGUGCGAUCGCCAAGAAGGAUCUAGAGAUGAUGAAGAAGACGGCUAUCUUUGUGAACACGUCUCGCGGACCGUUGGUGGUCGAGGAGGAUCUGCUCGAGGUGUUGGAGCAGGGCAAGAUCAGGGCCGCGGCGCUGGAUGUGUUUAACUUGGAGCCGCUGCCGUUGGAUAGCAAGUGGAGGACGACCAAGUGGGGAGAGGACGGGAGGAGCAGAGUGCUGCUUACGCCCCAUAUGGGAUACGUUGAGGAGGAUACGCUGUCCGGGUGGUAUGAUCAACAGAUUGAGAACUUGGAGAGAUGGGUGAAGGGCGAGCAGUUGGCUCUUAGCUUGUAUUAGGUUGGUUGGGCUUGCAGUAGAAGUGUAACUAACUAUCUCUGGUCCCGUCCCACAGUAGUAUAUGUUGAAUGUCGCGGGUCGUACAAUACAUUAUACUCCAUGUGCUGUUCUCGAG